AUGAGACAAGAUUACAGUUACAGCCAGCCAUCUUCAUCAUCAAACUCUGUAGACAUAACCUCCCUCCUUGAAGCAGAAGGUCAGAUGUACGCGGAUGAAGUUGAGAGUAGCUACUUAAAUGCAGAGGCGAUUGAGUACCAACCUCAACCAGAGGCUGAUGAUGGAAUCCCGACUACAUGCUACUGUGGUGCGGAGCCUGUUCUCGGAUACUCUUACACUCCUAAAGACCCAUACAGACGGUACUUUACGUGCCACAAUGCUGAUGAUGGAGACUGCCACGUUUGGAAAUGGUGGGACGUGGCGGUCAUGGAGGAGAUGAGGGAAUUUCAGAGGGAGCUUAGGCAGCUUAAGGGUCAAGUUAAUGAGAGUGAGCAUAAGCUGCUUAUCCUCGAGAAGACAGUAUCCGAGUUUUCAAAGAAGAAAGCAGGAGUUAAGCUAAUGGUAUGUAGCUUAGUUUUAAUAGGGUUGGUGUUACUUAUUCUGCGUGGAAUAUUUGGAAAUGGUUCAAAGGAGAGUCGUGUACCUCGCGAGUUUCUGUAA